AUGUCAACUAGAUUCCUCACUGUAUUCAUCCUUGCUCAUGUCUGGCUUUUGAUAGCUACAACAUCAAUAGCCCAAGUUGUGUUAGACACAAGUGGCGACGCAGUUGAGGACGAUGAGGAAUACUUCAUCAGGCCUGCUAUCACAGGCAAUGGAGGAGGACCUACAUUGAUCACAGGAAAUGCCCCAUGCCCUCUCCAAGUUGGUCUUGUCAACACUGACCUCGCAAACGGUUUGCCGGUGGUAUUCAGACCUUUUGUCCGCCGUCAUGAUGAGGACGACGUGCUUCUUGACAGAGACUUGAAAGUUAGUUUUGUAGCUUCCUCAAGUUGCGCGCAGUCCACAGAAUGGAGAGUGGGGGAGAAGGACGCUACGAGUGGAAGGAGGCUAAUAGUUACCGGAAGAGAUGAUAGUACACCUGGAUCAUACGGUAACUUCUUUAGGAUUGUGCCGACACAAACUAUCGGUAUCUAUAACAUCCAAUGGUGCCCUGCAGAGGUAUGCUCCAGUUGUAAGUUUGAAUGUGGGACUGUUGGUGUUAUUCGUGAGAAUGGAAAGAUUCUGUUGGCCUUGGAUGGUGGUGCUCUCCCUGUUGUUUUCCAGAAAGAAUGA